AACAAUCGAGUAUUCUCACUGCCUUUCAGUGAAACUAUAGUUCGCUAUAAUAUUGUCAUAAUAAAUACGUGUUUUGUACCAGAAUGAUUGUGACGAUAUGGUCCAUCACCACACUGCUCGUGAUGACGUCUUUAGCUGCAGAGGUUCCCCUUCCUGAAGUCAACGACUAUGACUACGAAACUGUACUCAAUGAAAUACCGGAAUUAUUGCCCUACAUCGCCAACAAGGAGUAUUUGAAGAAAAUGCAUUCGCUGAUGAACGACAAUCGCGGAGAAAAAAAUGAUCGAACCUUGAUCGAGACAAACGCACUCAUCAACACAAAAUACCGAACUUGGAAGCGGAACGCAGACCUCAUCAACUCUCUGCUAGCUUUGCCUAAGGGAAUGAACGACGCAGGCCGCCGCUAGUUCCCAGUAUUAUAUUUCCUUUAUCAUAUUAUGUAUUUACCAUAAGUUGUCUAUCCGUAAUGUAAACUACAGGUAAUUGCUAUUAAAACAACAUAUUUCUCAAAACAUAAUAUAAUUAUUGUACCAUUUAUUUCUAAUCUAGAUCAAAUUACAUCUAAUAUUAUCUGCAUUGAGGUUCACUCACCACUAAUACUUAACUACAUUAAACAAUGUAUUUACAUAUUUUUUUUGCUUUUAUAAUUUUAAGAUUAUAGUAUAAUUACUAAUUAGUAACUGUUUCGAACAAUUUUAGGUUUUAUUUGUUUCGCUUUAGGGGAUUAUGAGGACAUUUUGGUUUCUAUAUGCAACCACCAUUAUUGGUUUAAUUUAGUACAUUUUAUGACGAUAUUUCUCGUUACCAACAUGUAACGAUACCUAUUAAAAUACUAUAUCUAUGUUUUGAAGUUACAUUUUGGGUUUGUUUAAGUAAUGCAAAAAUAUUAAUAUUUACAUAUUUUUCAAUACAUAUUUACGAAAAGAUUUUGAAGAAGUGACAAGUAGUUACAAACAAUAAAAGGUUAAAUGCUAAGAUAAGUACAACGACUAUUCGCUUUUUAUACGUAACACAUAGAUUUGUAAUAUAAAUAUUAUGUUUUGCACGAUUUUAUUAAAUUCAGUUAGUUAUUGCAGUUAAUUUUGCUCGAAGGCACAUUUUUCAAACGAAACC